AAGACAGCCUGGCAAUUCGUCAAAAAAGCAGCUUUAUUUUAUAUCAUCUUACACUUGUCUGUUUGUUUUCCUGAACAGUUGCAAACAGCAGUUUACUUGCAUUUAAAUCUGACUAAGAGGAGCUUCUUCUUUUUUAUUAUUAUUAUUAUUAUUUGUCGUUGGAAUGACGAUCUAAAUUUCUUCCCGAUGUAACUUUUUGAUAGGCUCCCCCCAGCAGAAAGUAAACCACAGCGUCAAGUUCGCAGCCAAUUACAGAGGGUUACGGCCGUCCGAGUUAAAAGCAAAGGAGAACCCUGCCUCUGGCGGUGAAAACAAGACCCCCAGACAGAAAAAAGUUCGGCGACGAGCAGGGCUUCUCCGCUGUGAGGGGGAGCUAUAGGCUAUGGGCAGAGUGAUUAAUUACGCCGGAGAGAGAACUUGUGCCGCGUGUUUCCAAUAAAUUAGGAGCGCCGGAGACUUUUACGCACACAGGUGAGGAGUUGGAUGCGCGCAUUUUGAGGAUACAGCUCGAGGAAGGACUGCGCAAUCAGAAGGCCACUUCGGACUGUAUUCAUGACGUUUAUCAAAACAGCGUUUUGGAUAAAUACCAGAGAUUUGUAAUACCCAUAUGGUUGGAAGUGAGGCGCUUCAAAUGGACGGUGGUAAUUGCUCCAGCUCGGUGGUGGAUGUGGAUGACAGCCCGGUUUCCAGUCCCAGCUCCAGCCCCAGUCCGGACGGCCGCCGUCGCGGUGAGCUGCACCGGCCCAGGGCGCUGCAGACCGGCGCGCUCGGCGGCAGAGGACGCCCGGCGGCGGCCAACGCGGCGCGGGAGAGGAGCCGGGUGCAGACGCUGAGGAACGCGUUCUUGGAGCUCCAGAGGACUUUACCGUCGGUGCCGCCGGAUACCAAGCUGUCCAAACUCGACGUGUUGAUACUAGCCACCACCUAUAUUGCCCAUUUGACUCGAACACUGCAGGAGGAAGGCGCAGAUGAAGGGGAGAGCACAAAACAAACAGAAGCGUUACACUCGCUGAAAGGUGAAGGAUACCUGCACCCUGUAAAGAAAUGGCCAAUGCGAUCCAGAUUGUACGUCGGAGCAUCUGGACAGUUCCUGAACAAUCCUUCCGACUCAGAGAAUCAAGGCCCGUCGUCCUCCUCCUCUCAAUAGGCCUACAUGAGUUGUAGCCAUGAAAGCGACAUGAAAUUUGCAUGAGCUCCAAAAAAA